AUGUGCUCUGCCUCAGAGUUUUGCCGUCAAACCCAAACCUCCAAAGUCAAAAGAGGGCGACAAAGGGGUAACAAGCAAGCCACGCUGCAAAUAACCAAAUACUCCGAAAGUCCGUCCGUUCCUGAGGCUUUUUGGAACUUCCCCGCAAACGGAUCGGAGGGCUUCCAAAUACGGAGUACGGACAUACUUAACUACUACGUCCUACAUCCCAUGCUUGUGGCUGAAUGGAUAGCCAAUUUGCAAGAAUUUAACUGGACUUUUCUCCGCACUCUGAUGCCCUCAAGGCUGAGAGUUUCAUUGAGCCGCAGACGGGAAGACGAAUUGUCGACGGACUGGGCGCAAAAAGAGGCAACGCAAAAAUCCAAUCAGGCUGCAUUGGUUAUCUCCAAUUGCCGCUCCGUACGGAGAACUUACGGGAGUUUAUUCCACCACAACCGGAGAGGACGCAGGAUGCAGUGCAUUGCUUUCGUCAUGAGACACACUUUGUACACCCAUACAGACAUGGAUGAAUACGGAGAGAAGUGCUUCUAG